CCCAAGAAUCCGAUUUUCCGUACGUGAAUGUGGUUCCUUUUUAUACUGGCUACCACCACUUGAGCUGACCACCACAGGGUGACCCAGCAGGUUUGUGUUUUUCUCAGCUGUUAAAUAUGGUAAAUAGAAAUAUUUGGAAAAACAGAACAUGUCGCAUUUGCACGAAAAGAUCGAACUUUGUGAUAAACAUUUUCGAUGGCCCAUCUGAAAGCGGGCUGUCCAAUGUGGAUGUAGUCUCCCACUACACUGGCCUACCCGUUCGGCGGGGCGACUCCCUUCCUGAAACAGUUUGCUCGCUGUGCCUCGUGGAUGCGCGGAUUGCCUUCAGAUCAAAGUCAUCCUCUCGGGAAAGUGACCAGCUGGAUAUCCAAGCAAUGGAAGAGAAUCUAGAGAAGUUAGGAGCGGAUAUAAUGAAGGAAGUCACAGGGUUCUGCGAAGAAAGACCAAUAAAGAAAGAUGUUCUCGAAAUACGGGAAAACGAAGUAAAGAAAGAACCACUUGAGGAUGCGGAGUGCAUAUCGCCGGACUACUCCGGUACAACUCCUUUGCAGCAUCGUGUGAAAGAGGAGCCCAUCGAAGAUAAAUUCCUUAGUGGUGAACAAAUAGAUAGUAAGACAACAUUCCACUGUGAUUCUGCUCUGGACACGCACCUUCAGACUCACGAAUCCUUCCCGACUAAGCACACCUCGUCAACCCAAAGUCCCCUAAAGGGCAUGCCACCAUAUAAAUGUCAGAAACGCUCUCCCCCGAAAGUAUUCUUUAGGUGCUCCUUCUGCAUGAUGUGCUUUAAGCAGCAGUCCAAUUUGGACCUGCACAUGCUGGGUCACUCCGGAGAACGGUUCACUUGCACUGUUUGCUCCGAGUCGUUCGCCUUUGAAAAUGAUCUGAAACGACACAUGCGUAGCCACAACACCAAUUUGAUUAAGUGUCCCAAGUGCCCAAGACUGUUCCAACACAAAACUGGUCUUAAAAAUCACGUGCUCAAACACGGAUUUAAAUUUCUUACUCCCUAAGAGUACGUCCAAUGAAACUAACUAUAAUUACAUUAUAAGGACUUAUAUUCUUAUAUUAUAUAUUUUUAUCUUUGUUUAUAGCUUUAUCCCUUUGUUUAAAUAAAAUUUGUUUAAUCCAUUUUUUUAAUA